AAUACUGACUUUCUUGAACAGAAAACGCAUCGUUUUGUCUUGAACACAAAUUGGUCAUUUCAGAAGCGCUCUCUCUUCGCUUUGCAUUCAAGUUCGUUCUCUCACCGUCUCACGUCGCUACUGAUCGAGUGAAACAAGUGAAGGUGAUGGCAAGUAACACACAAGAUUCGUCUUCCCAAUCAUUCUGGGAAGGCUACAAAGAGUUUUGGGGCGAGAGAUUUUCCUUUAUGAGCAAUUAUUCCAACUUCACCAAGCGUGAUAAGCCCCUCACUUCAUGGUCUAACUCUGAUGUUGAGGACUUUAUCGCUUCUGAUCCUGUUCUUGGACCCGUGCUUAAAACUGCCAGAGAAGCAGUGCAAUAUGGUCUCGCAGGAAGUGCUUUGGGAGCAUUAUUCACCGCAAGUUUUGCAUGGAAAUAUUCAAGGAGUUUACAUGGUGCUGGUCUGUCCUUUUUAGCUGGAGGUGUAUUUGGGUGGACAUAUGGACAUGAAAUCGCAAAUCAUGCACUUCAACUUUACAGGGUAGACACAUUGGCUUCUGAGGCUAAGUUUCUGGAGUGGUGGAAAAGGAAGACCGAAGGAGGGAACUGAAGCUGUUUGCGUCUGGAUAAUAAUGCUACAUUUGUUAUCGUUUCGAAAAUUAACAAUAUUUUCGUGUUACCAAUGCAAUUUAUGUUCGCUGAAUAAAUAUUCUGUUGUGACAUAGGUCAAAAUUUAGAACUAAUGCAUAAGCGCAAAUCAAACUGUGACUGCCAUUUUUUCUCCCUCUGUUGUGUUGUUUUCCUUUUUGUUCUAAAUAAAAUUAUGGAACCGUUGUAAAAUUUUGUUUGUUAUGGACCUUGUGUGACGAAGCACUUGGUUUGGAAAAAGUUUUAAUGUUAAUUUUUUUCCAUAU